GCCAUGUCUUUCCUGGCAGCGCGAGCUGGGCACCGGAAGGGAGAGCUGAUGGAGGCUGGCUCAGCUGACCAGGAGAUUGAGAUGCCUGCAGGUUCCUCGGCUGGUCUCGACGCUGGCUCUGGCAGAUAUGGCGCUGGACAUGGUGCUGGAUAUGGUGCUGGACAUGGGGCUGGAUAUGGUGCUGGAUAUGGUGAUCAAGGUGGUUUGGAUGCCAGUGGAGGCUACCAGGACAGCUAUGGCGAGCCUAACAUGGGCAGCUAUGGUUCUGGUUUCAACAAAAACUCCUUUGCAGGUGGUGCCUUUUCGGGCGCUACCGGUGCGGCCGGUGCAGCGGGCGCAGGUGGCGCCGGUGCCAAGAAGAAGAUGAAGCUUCCAGCUCCUGGGUGCCACAGAGGCAAAUGCCCCGAUCCCUUGCCCCCGGGCUACACCUGCGAACCCUGCGGGAACGUUUCGAAGGACUUGGGCCCAGGGCCUUACUCACGAGCUGGCCAGCAACAACAAGUCAUGCGUGCUGUCCAACAACGUUAUUCGCAGAUUGCCGCAGCUGGUCCUGCAGCCUUUGGUUUUGGCGCAGGUUCAGGUCGGG